AUGGAUAUUGGAGGUUUGGAAACCGUGGUUGCCAACUCUGCAUACGUAGCAGCACGUGGUAGCGUCGAUGGCAAUGCAGCAGCAACUAUGCGCGACAAGAAAAUGCGUGCUAGGCUGAAGCUUCCACACAUCACGCAGUGCGAUCAUCUAAAGAACACAGUGAACACGUCAUUUGAUCAGCUAUGUAUCAAACAACCAAUUGGAAAAAGACUAUUUCAGGAAUUCUUAUCAUCUGAGGAGACUUUUAAGAGUGCUGCAAACCUCUGGAAGGAAAUUGAGGAUUACAACUCGGCCGAAGAAAAGGAUCGGCCAAAAAGAUCACAGAGGAUAGUCAACAGGUAUUAUGACUCCAGCAGUAAGACCUUCUGUAGUUUUCUGGAUGAGAAAGCAGUGACACGAGUGAAGGAGGACCACAAACAUUGCCGCAGUGACCUCUUUAAGGAGAGUGAGCAGCUUCUGCUUAAAUAUUUGGAAGGAAAUGCACUAGAAAGCUUCAAGGCAAGUCUUUACUUUCUACGUUUUCUCCAGUUUAAGUGGCUAGAGUCCCAGUCUGUGACCGAAGAGUGGUUCAUGGACUUCCGUGUCCUUGGAAAAGGAGGAUUUGGAGAGGUGCAUGCCUGUCAGAUGAAGGCUACGGGGAAGAUGUAUGCCAACAAGAAGCUCAACAAGAAGCGGCUGAAGAAACGCAAUGGAUAUGAGGGAGCCAUAGUAGAAAAGCGCAUUUUGGCCAAAGUUCACAGCCGCUUUAUUGUGACACUUGCAUAUGCUUUUCAGACCAAAAAUGACCUUUGUCUGGUAAUGACAAUCAUGAACGGAGGAGACCUCAGGUUUCAUGUCUACAAUGUGGACGAGAAGAACCCUGGGUUCAAUGAGGAGCGAGCUUGUUUCUACACUGCUCAGAUCAUCUGCGGUCUAGAACAUCUUCACCAGAACAGGAUUAUCUACCGGGACCUCAAACCAGAGAAUGUGCUGCUUGAUGAUAAAGGACAUGUGAGAAUCUCUGACCUGGGUCUGGCUACAGAGCUGAAGGAUGGAGAGGAUAAAACCAAAGGUUAUGCAGGCACUCCAGGAUUCAUGGCUCCAGAGCUGCUGAAAAACAUUGAAUAUGACUACAGUGUGGACUACUUCACCUUGGGGGUCACCUUGUAUGAAAUGAUUGCAGCCAAGGGGCCAUUCAGGAGUCGAGGAGAGAAGGUUGAGAACAAAGAGGUGACUCGCCGAAUCCUCAAUGACCCGGUCACAUACCCAGACAAGUUCAGCAGUGACCUCAAGAGCAUUUGUGAGGCGCUGAUGGAGAAGGACCCCUCCAAGCGACUUGGCUUUAAGAAUAAUGAGUGUGAAGAGCUGAAGAAACACACAUUUUUCAAAUCCAUCAAUUGGGGGCGGUUGGAAGCAGGUCUAUUGGAGCCCCCUUUUGUACCUGACCCCAAGAUGGUGUAUGCCAAGGACAUUAGCGAUGUUGGGGCUUUCAGCACGAUAAAGGGUGUGGUGUUGGAUGAGAAGGACAAGGAAUUUUAUGACGAGUUCUCUUCGGGCAACAUUCCAAUCCCCUGGCAGGAAGAAAUGAUUGAGACUGGCGUAUUUGGGGAGCUCAACGUUUGGGGUGCCAAGGGCACCACGCCAAAUGAUCUGAACUAUAACUAUGUUCCAGAGAGCCCCAAAUCAGGAGCGUGUGGCAUUCUGUAA